AUGACAUUUUUGCGGAGUCUCAUCGUCGCCGCCGCCGCUUGUGCGACCGCGGCGGGGGCGGCGGCUGCAUGUCCCGGGCCGGCGCCGGCGUCGAGCCCGCAGACGGCGGACGGCGUCGCGUUCAAGGUGCUGCUCAACGGGCUCGCGCGGCCGCGUGGCGUCGUCAUGGACGGCGAGGGCAACCUGCUGGUCGUCGAGGCCAAGGGCAAGGGCGUGACGCGCGUCGUGCUCGACGACGGCGCGGGCCUGGACGUGUGCGUGUCGUCCAGCGCGCAGUUGAUCAGCGACGGCACGCUCAACCACGGCAUCGCCCUCUCCGGCGACGGCAAGACGCUCUUCGUCUCGUCCGGCUCCGACGCCUACGCCUACCCGUACGAUGCGGCGUCCGGCACCGUCGGCGAGCCCCGGCACGUCCUCGGCGGCAUGCAGCAGGGCGGCCACGUGUCGCGCACGCUGCUGGUGCCGCGGCACAACCCGGAGCUGCUGCUGGUGUCGCGCGGCUCCGACGGCAACAUCGACGAGGAGACGGCCGAGAUCGGCUCCGGACGCAGCCAGCUGCGCGCCUUCACCAUCGCCGACCUGGUCAAGGACGGCGCCGGGGCGGUCGAGUACACCUCGGGCGCGGUGUUGGGCUGGGGGCUGCGGAACAGCGUGGGAGUGGCGGACGACCCGAGCAACGGGCACAUUUGGACGGUGGAAAACUCCAUCGAUAAUAUGAAGCGUGGCAGCGACGACAUUCACAACUCCAACCCGGGCGAGGAGCUCAACUACCACGGCGCGCCCAACGACACGGCGAGCGCGCAGUACGGCCGCAACUACGGGUAUCCCGGGUGUGUCGCCAUCUACGACCCGAGCAACGUCAAGGACUUCUCCGCCUCCUCCGGCGGGCCAAAGGUCGGCUUGCAGAUGACGGGCGACCACAUCGCCGGCUACACCGACGACUGGUGCCGCGACAACGCGACCGCGCCGCGCCUCACCUUUGGCUCGCACCUCGCGCCGCUGGACAUCAAGUUCCUCCCCGACGGCAGCGCCGCGCUGAUUGCCUUUCACGGGAGCUGGAACCGCCAGCCGCCGAACGGGUACCGCCUGAGCCGCGUGACGUUUGGCGCGGACGGGCAGCCGGUGGCGCGCGCGGACAGCGCGGACGCGGAGGAGAAGCUCCUGUGGAACGCGGACAACGCGGAGUGUCCGGGCGGGUGCUUCCGGCCGGUCGGGCUGUGGACCGACGAAGGCAAGGGAGCGGCGGGCCGUGUGUUCAUGACGAGUGAUAGCUCGGGUGAGCUGUUUGUCGUCACGGGCGUGGGGAGCAAGGCGAAGGGUACAGGUGGCGGCGGAGAGGACGUGACGUCGGGGGCGGAGCGGAUGCGGAAGCAGUUUGGGGGCUUCUUUUGGUGA